AUUUAAAUUUAAGAAUGCAGCGUGGUAAAAAUAGGUUAUAAACUGAAAUAAAUAAAAAUUUCAUCAUUUACAAGAAUACGUUAAUAAAUCGUUUGUAAAAGUUUAUUGUUUUUUACGUUUUGUUUAAAUAAAUGCUAUAUUCUCGUUAUGUCAUCCGAACAUCAUCAAAUAUUUGUUGGUUGUCUAUCUGGAACUUUGAAAGGUAUUUCAUUGGAUGGAUCAUUAAAUGUAACCAAUUUACAAAAAUAUAACACCAUAAAUCAGACGAAAGUGUUAGAAUUAUUAUGGAAUGAUCCAAAAGAAGUAGAUAUCUUGGUAGCAUGUGGUACGAAGGAAACGCAAAGUGUUCAAGUUUUUAACACCGAAGCAUCAAAAUUUACAAAGACUUUCAAAUGUAAUAAAGGAGAAGGAAAUAUCGUUGGAAUUUGUAAUUAUUCCAACAAUUUGAUAGUUGCUAAGCAAUCAGGAGAUAUAAUUCAAUUGAGUUCAAAUGAAAACGAAGAGGAAUGUUGUAUAAUAAAUAAUGGACCUGGUUUACAUAAAAUGCGACAAGUGGAUAAAGAAAAAAAAUUAAUAGCCACCGGAGGAGUAGAAAAUCCAUUAAAAUUAUUUGAUUUAGAAAAAAGAAAAGAAAUAUUUGUUGCAAAAAAUGUGAAAAAUGAUUUUUUGGGUUUAAAAGUUCCCAUUUGGGUUUCAGAUAUAGGAUUUAUUUCUGAAUCUAAUGUUGUAACUGCUUCUAAAUAUGGCCAUGUACAAUUGUAUGAUAUACGUGCACAAAGAAGACCCGUCAUUAGAGUUGAAAUGAAAUCAGAAGCUUUAGGCUCCUUAACAGUACAUCCUUCUAAAAUGCAAGUAAUAGUCGGUUCUGGAAAGGGUAGAAUGAAUCUUAUAGAUUUAAGGAAGGAAGGAAAAAUUCUAAACACUUAUAAAGGCCCGGUUGGUAGUGUUACUGGAAUUGCCAUAAAUAAAGAUGGUGACAAUGUCAUUAGUGUUAGUUUUGACAGAAAUUUAAGGAUUCAUGAUAUAAAUACAAAAUCACUUUUAAAGAAGCAAUAUCUUUCUACAAGAUUAACUUCUUUAUUAAUUCGAUCAGAGCUCGCAUUUUCAAACACAUGAAUAAAAGAUGCUUUUUGUGAAUAGCUAGUGAGUUUAUUGAACUCUCAAAGACUAAAAUGGUUUUAUGCUAACGCAGUGUACAAUAUUAUAACGUCAAAAUGCCUAUAAUUUAAUUUACAUUUCGCACUACUUUGAUAGCUAUGAUAAUGAGAAAAAAAAUAGGAAUUUAAAUUUAAAUUUUCUCAUUCUUUCUUGAUCUUUCAAUUUUAGAUUGUAAAAAAAAAUUUUUUUAUGACACAUGCGUAAAAUCUAAUUGAUUUUACGCAUUUGCAGCAUAAAAAACCUACUAUUAUAAUCAAAGUAUAAAAAAUAUUUUUACAUAUAAAUUUUAAUGCCGUUAAAUAGGAUUUUCAGUAUAGAUAAAAAUUUCAAUAUACAUUAAAAAUAAUUUUAAAAAAUCAUUAACAAUUUUGCGUGUAUUCUUUUUUUUUUUUUUUGCUUUAAUGAAAUAUAUUUAUAAAUCUCGACAAAUUCGUCCAAUAUAUAAAUUUACAAGUGUAGAAUGAAAAUAUUAUGCUAUUUAAUUUUCUAAUAUUCAAAAUGUAAAUUGAUUAAAUUAGUCUAAGUUGUAUUGUAUUUAGAAAAUAUAAUAUUUGCACAAAAAUUGAUUUAUAAUGCAAUAAAUUGAUAUAUUAAAAGAAAAUAUUUGGUAAUCACUCUAAUUUGAGUGUGUGUUUUCUAAAUAUAAAUAGAUUUACUAAAUUUUUUCGCGCAAUUAUAUUCAUUUUCAUUCUAACUAAAAACAAUUGAUGAUUUUAUCUAAAGCUUUAAAAUUUGAGAAUAUAUAAAGUGACAAAAUUCUCGAAAAAAAAAAAUUAUU